GUGGAGACAAAGGCAGCCAUUAUUGGUAUACUUUUUGGUUGGCAGGCAGAAAAGAUUUGGUGCGUAAAAGUGGAAUUUUUCGUGCUAAUUGCAGGAAGCUUCCCAAAAGGUGUGACAAAAAUAAUCCCUCGCGCGGAAGUGCCAUCGAUCCAACAUACUUGGUCAGCAUCUCUGCCCGCUAAAAAAGCGAUCUUUCCGGCGGGUAAACGUAAUAUUUUAGACACGGAUUGAGUUGGGUGAGUGGGAACGAAGAUGUCGUAUGAGGCAUCAAGCUACAGACGAUCCUCUGGAUCGCGCUACCGGGAACGUGAUGAGCGUGACAGCUAUCGCCGGCACGAGAGCCGCAGAAGUGAGAAGUAUCAGCCCUAUGAAGAGCGAAGGGGUAGAUACGCCAGCAUCAGAAGGAGAUCUCCAUCAUCUGAUAGAUACGAUGAUCGCUACUAUGAUGAUUACCGCGACAGACGUCGUCGGAGCUAUUCACGGGAAAGAUCUCGCGAUAGGCAUCGAUACAGUGACUCUCGCUCCAGGUCCAGAUCACCACGUGAUCGUCGGCGACAUCGUCGUGGCAGUGUAGAACGGCGGAGGAGUUCAAGUGUUGAGGAAUGCCCUCCGUCACCGCCCAAAUUCCCGCGGAUGAGCUCUCCUGGAAGAAAUAAUUCCGACAGUAGCGACGAUAAUGCAGCCGAAAACUCUGGGCAGUCAGUAAAGAGUUACAGCGAAGAUACCAAUGGGCUUGAGCUAAGUGAGGAAUACUUUGGGGAUAUUGAGGCAAAUAAGGAGAAGAUUCAUCAAGCCAUGGAGGAGCGCCUGAGGCAGCAUCUAGCAGCUCAGGGGAAAGUUUAUCCACCCCCAAAGCCUGAACCUCAACAGACAACGAUGUUUGCCAAUGAUGGUUCCUUCAUGGAGAUGUUCAAGCGAAUGCAGGAGCAACAAAAGCCAUCCACGAGCAGUGGAGCACAGUCAGAAACAAAGAAACCUCCAGCACCGCUCUUUGGAAAACGUCGCGGUGGUAAAAUCCUCAAGACCGGCAUCGUUGAGAAGAAAAAACCAACUGAGGAGGUUACACCACCUCCGGGUUCCACAGAUGCCUGGUCCCUCUACAUGAUGGAGGUGAAGAAAUACAAGAACUUCUCAUGUGAUAUCGACAACAACUCUCGGCCGCUUGUCAAGUGAACACACAGCACAUGUUCCCGCCACGUGCAGACAUACUCUGCAUAAUAUCAAAUUCAUUCUCUAGCGAUUGUCUCUUGAUAUUUAAUAGCUUUCUAAGGGUAGCUACAUAGGGCUUCUCAUACUUAUUAUAAAAUCCGUUUACUUUUUUCUAAAGAUUUAUCGUUAGGAAUACCCCCUUUUGUUCGUAGAUUUAUCUCCUUUUCUCGCACACCUGAGGAAUCACCUCGUUUUCUGGAUUUAAAACAUUGGUUUGUGAAUUAAAUUGGGAGAGAAGCAAAAAAAUGCCUGAAAUUCAUAUUCCGGAAACAUUUGGGACAGCCCCCUUCGAUCCACGGUUCCCGAACCAGAAUCAAACACGCUACUGCUACCAAAGCUACCUGGACUACCAUCGGUGCCAGAAGCUGCGUGGUGAGAAGUAUGAGCCGUGCAAUUACUUCAAGAAGGUCUUUUCGUCCAUCUGCCCCAAUUCAUGGGUAGAGAGAUGGGAUGGUCAGAGGGCUGAGGGUACGUUCCCUGGAAGAAUUUAAAAAAGAAAGUUAUUCAAACACAAAACAGCAGUCACUAUUUCCCGUUCGUGUGACAAGUCACAGUAGGCAUGGUAAUUUCGCAGGAGAGAAAUAAAAUUAUUAAGUGAAAAGAU